ACCGAGCCCCGGGUGCCACGGAACUCCACUCGGCACCGGUGCCAGAGACCCCCCCCGCCCCGGGCUCCGGUGACUCCCGGCCAAGGCCAUGGACCCCAAGGAGCGCAAGAAGAUCCAGUUCUCCGUGCCCGCCCCCCCCAGCAACCUGGACCCCCGCGCCGUGGAGAUGAUCCGCCGGCGGAGGCCCACGCCGGCCAUGCUCUUCCAGCUCUCCGAACACUCCUCCCCAGAGGACGAGAACCUGCCCUACCAGCGCUCGUCGGGCGAGGGCUGCCUGCUCAAACCAAAGAGGACCAACCCGUGUGCCUACACCCCGCCCUCGCUCAAAGCGGUGCAGCGCAUCGUGCAGUCCCACCUGGAGAGCGGCAUGGGCGGGGGUGACAGCUCGGACGGGGAGCCCGAUGACGGCUGCGACCCCGACAGUGCCCUCGAGGCUGCCCCGGGGAGCCAGGGCAGAGCCGAGCGCAGCUACUUCCCCGCCGGGCUCAAGGCGCACAAGCGGAAAGGCGGGCAGAAGGUGUCCUUCGCCGGUGGCAUCGACGAGCGCGAGGAGGACCUGAAGUCGCUGACGGUGUCAGAGAUCCCCGAGGAUCCCGAGGGAGCGGAGGGUGACGAGGAGGAGCCGGGGCAGGAGCAGGACGGUGGCACCGGGGAGCGGCGACACGUCGGCUUCGCCGAGGUGCCCUCGCGCCCCAUCGGCACCGAGCGCCACUCGCCCACCUUCCCGCUGGGCACCAGUUAGCUGGCACCGGGCACCGGGCACCGGCCCCCAUUGCACCCCCCGGCCCCCGCAGCUUCGCCUGUGCCCCCCGGCUGCCCCCCGCCCGCUGCCUGCGCUUCGCCUGCCGUGCGCCGUGUGCUGCGCCAUACUGGUCCGUGCUGGGCCGUGCUGGGCCCUGUGCCGUGCCAUGCUGGGCCAUGCUGGUCCAUGCUGGUCCAUGCUGGGCCGUGCUGGGCCAUGCUGGUCCAUGGUGGUCCAUGCUGGGCCGUGCUGGGCCGUGCUGGUCCAUGCUGGUCCAUGGUGGUCCAUGCUGGGCCGUGCUGGGCCAUGCUGGUCCAUGGUGGUCCAUGCUGGGCCGUGCUGGGCCAUGCUGGUCCAUGCUGGUCCAUGGUGGUCCAUGCUGGGCCGUGCUGGGCCAUGCUGGUCCAUGGUGGUCCAUGCUGGGCCGUGCUGGGCCGUGCUGGGCCGUGCUGCGCCAUGCUGGGCCCUGCGCCAUGCUGGGCCGCGCCAGGCCGCAUCGGGACCCCCGGCCACGGCCGCCCCCUCCCCGCGGGCCUCGUGCCCCCCCGGCUGCCGGCGCAGGAGCCGGGGAUGGGACCCCCGGGUGCUGGCGGGGUCCGGGCCCCCCCUGGCUGCUGCCCCCCGGCCCCAAGCGAGCAGA